AUGUCCCUCGCACAUCAACGCAGUAGUGCCGAGUCUCCAGCAGCAUUGAACAUGAUGCAAUCCCCAAGAAUCACAGAAACAACGCCAGAGGACGAGCGAACAGAUUCGCUCAAUGAGCCCACGCAAGACGAUACCAAGGCAGAACUUGGAAUCAGGCAAGAAAUCGAUACUCAUAGUUCGCAACACGUUCACAGGGGAUUUUUCCAGUGGUUAUGUUUUGUCCCAGCCUUGCAGAGUCCCACGCAUUAUACCCCGGGGAUGAAGUGGGCUUUGACCUUUAUUGUGGCGAUGGGAGGGUUGGUGGUUCCGUUGAGUAGUGGUGUUCUUUUUCCCUGCCUGAUAGAGAUUGCCAAGGAUAUGCACACUACCGUGUCGGUGGUGAACUUGUCUAUCGCUUUUGGUUCACUCUCUGUCGCCAUCACGCCCUUGUGGUGGUCAUACCUAGCCGAGCUCUAUGGUCGUCGACUAGUAUACAUACUGUCCUUCUUAUUUCUUGGAAUCUUCAGCAUUCUCGCCGCUAUCAGCCCCAACAUCGGCAUGUUUAUUGCCAUGCGACUCCUUGCGAAUGCCUCCAGCGCCUCCCUUCAAGCAGUCAGCGCCGGUACCAUUUCUGACAUUUUCGAAACGCAAGAGCGCGGCAAGGCUAUGGGCGCUUUCAUGCUGGGGCCCAUGCUGGGGCCCAUGUUUGCUCCCAUUAUCGGCGGGGCGCUCACCAUGCGUUGGAGUUGGCGCAGUACGCAGUGGUUUAUGGUUAUCUAUAGCUGGGCAGUGUUUGCAUUGAUGGUAUUAUUUAUGCCGGAGACGGCCACCAACCUCGAAGAGAACCGCGCCAAGCACCGAAACGACGCCACCAGCCCCGGCAAGAAAGCCCUCUACUUCCUCCUAAAGCCCAUGGAAGCUUCCAAGCUCCUCCGAUACCCUCCAAUUCUUAUUACAGUCUAUUACACCAGCAUUGUCUUCGCUACGUAUUACCUCAUCUGCGUUUCCAUCGAAGACACCUUCGCCUUGCCACCAUACUCCUGGAGCUCUAUCCUUGUCGGUGUGGCCUAUAUCCCGGGUGGCCUGGGCCUACUUUUCGGUGCUAUCGUUGGCGGCCGCUGGCAAGAUUAUAUCAUGACGCGGACCGCUCGAAAGGAGGGCCAAUACAAUGACAUGGGGGAUUUGAUCCUCCACCCGGUCGAUCGUAUAGGCGAGAACUGUCUCCUUGCGGGUAUUCUCUUCCCCGGAGCCCUCUUGUGGUGGGGAUGGACGGCCGAUAAGCACGAGUUCUGGUUGGUCCCGCUCCUCGGAAACUUUUUCUACGGGCUUGGCGGCAUGAUUCUCACAAACGUUACCAUGACAAUGCUGACGGAAUUUACACCGAAGAAUUCCACCAUCGGCGUCGCGGUGAAUAACCUCGUGCGAAACAGUUUGUCAUGUGUGAGCGCGGUCAUUGCACAGCCGCUGUUCAAUGCGAUUGGCACGGGUUGGUCGUUCACUGCGGUUUGUUUAUUCUGUUUGCUAAGUGGCGUUCCGUUGAUUCUUCUGCGAAUCAAGAGGGAUGAAUGGAGUCGGCAGAUGAAGGCUACGCUAGGUGAGUGA